UGCGCCGGCGCAGCGCGCCCGCAGGGCGCGAGGAACCCAGGGAGGGCGCGAGGCGCGUGGGCCCGGGAGCGCGCGCGACGGCGGCAACCUCGCUCGGCCCCAGGUCACCGCCCGUGUCGCCGGCUCCGGCGGCCGCUGCGGCCGGCGUGGAGGGCGUGGCGGCUCCGGGUGGUGAGGGUCUGUCGGUCCCAGGCCGCGCUUCUUGCCCCCAGGCCUCUCCCCUCGAGCGCACAGCAGUAUCUGGCAGGCAUCCUAGCCCUUUACCCACAGAGAAGAUGCUCCGAGACAGCCUCAAGUCUUGGAAUGACAGCCAGUCAGACCUCUGUAGCAGUGACCAGGAGGAGGAGGAGGAGAUGGUCUUCGGUGAAAAUGAGGACGAACUGGAAGAGAUGAUGGACCUAAGCGACCUGCCCACCUCGCUUUUUGCUUGCAGUGUCCAUGAAGCGGUGUUUGAGGUCCAAGAGCAGAAGGAGAGGUUUGAGGCCCUGUUCACCCUCUACGAUGACCAGGUCACAUUCCAGUUGUUCAAGAGCUUUCGCAGAGUGAGGAUCAAUUUCAGCAAGCCCGAGGCUGCAGCGAGAGCACGGAUCGAGCUCCACGAGAGUGAGUUCCAUGGCCGGAAGCUGAAGCUUUACUUCGCACAGGUGCAGGUGUCCGGGGAGGCCCGGGACAAGUCCUACUUACGGCCACCACAGCCCACCAAGCAGUUCCUCAUCUCUCCUCCCGCCUCACCCCCUGUGGGGUGGAAGCAGAGUGAAGAUGCGAUGCCAGUGAUCAACUAUGACCUGCUCUGUGCCGUCUCCAAGCUGGGGCCAGGCUCUCCUGCCUCAGUGCUGUGCUGCAGGUAUGUCAGCGGCUCCACUCAUCCGACUAUUCUCUCGCACAGCAAGUAUUCAGAGCUGGCUGGCGUAAGUGAAGAGGCUGGGCACAGAACAGAGAGGAACAUGGCUACUACUGCGAAGAAAGGACCAUGGAGAAAUGAGGCCGUACUUUGGGUGACAUGUUAGGGCUGAGUCCUUCUGUGGUAGGAUUGAUUUCAUGAGUGUGCAUACACACACACACACACACACACACACACACACACACACACACACACACACAUGUUUUCUGUCUUAUUAAAACAGGGUCUCAUGUAGUCCAGGUUGACCUCAAACUUGCUGCAUCCCAAGGAUGACCUUGAACUCCUGCUCCUUCUGCCUCUGUCUCCUUAGUGCCAGGACUGCAGGUGUGUGCCACCGCACCCAACACAAACAGAAGAGAUGUCCCUUGCUUUCAGAUACUGUUGAAUGCUGAACUCUGCAUUUGCCAUUGGGAAGCCUCUGUGUAGAUUCCACCCACACUGGUUUUUAAAUCCAAGCCAUCUGUCUAAUAAGUAAUUACCUGCAUGUUUUAUUUUGAGGUGACGUCUCACAAUGUGGCCCAGGUUGGUCUCAAACUCCAGCCCUCAGUGGGUCUUCCCAGUUGACUGGAUGCAGGCACAGGCCCUGUGGUCCCCGGACUUUGGGAGGCAUUCAAGGUCACCCUUGGCUACACACUGCUUCGCAUUGCUGAGCUCACCAGUUUGCUUCUUCUGGUUGUAGGGUAGACCCUAGCUGCCAGCAAGUGUGUUCUCAACAGCUGGGGAGUUUUUAUGUUCCCCAUUAUAUAGUACGUGUUCUAAUUGUCUAAGUGAUUGUAACCCAGUUUUUAAAUUUGUCUUGGCUUACAUUUUCUACCCACCAGUUAAAGGACAUCUGAAGUUAAGAAGUUCAAAUCUGUGUACAUAAUGUUACCUUGGCCCCAGCAGUUGUGUUGGCACCUUAUGUGGGUUCCCUGGACAUUCACUUUCAUGCAGUUAGAGUGUAAAUAGUUGUAGUAAGAGAGAGGACCCAGGCUCAAAGAAUGCAUGGAGUUAAAGGGUCGCUGUGGGAAAAUCAAGUUCUAUUCCAGAUUAAUGAUGGAUCUGGUCUUUAUAUUUUUAUGUAAACUAUUUUUAGACUUGAGGAUUUAGUUUUCAGAGGAAAACUUUAAGCAUAAUUAAACCAUGGGAGUGUACCAGAUCCCUUGAUGCCUUGGGUCCACGCCUGCUUGCUUGCCUUCCUUUCCUUAGGGCCUCAGAGCUCACCCGUCAGGCGAGCUUGGCCACCUUCCACCUCCCUCUGUGUUCUCUAAUUAAUAAAUCUGUCUUAAGGAAACAGUGUCUGGGUGUGGUGGCACUGGCCUGUAAUCUCAGCCUGCAGGAAGCUGAGGCAGGAGGAUUGAGAGGAGGAGGCUAGCCUGGGAUACAUGAGUAAACCCUCUCUCAGGUAUUUUUCCCUUUUCUUGGUGUGACAGUACAGAGGGACAGAAGUCCUGGGAAAAUAUUUACUUCUAACCAAGAAGUCUGUGUUCUAGACUCAUUCUACACAAAGUUAAGCGGAAGGAGUACCAUGUAUGAACCUUGAGCAACCACAUGGCAAAUGACUAUUGGUGUUUCAAACUCCCCUCAAAGUGUGUUCUCCAGAGCCAUCCUCCUCCUCAGAGUGCCACUGUUUCCCUCCGUCUUGAGCAGAGCACACUUCAUAGUCAGGAUUACCAAAUGUAUUCAGCAUGGUGGCAUAUGCUGUCAUCUCAGCGCUUGGGAGGCAGAGGUACAAGGACUUUGCAGGUUUAAGGCCAGCCUGGGCCAUGUACCAAGACCCUGCCUAAUCAACAAGGGGGUUCCUGAGUGCAGGUAUCCCAGUGACAGAUAACAGCGACUGUGCAUCUUUGGUCAUGGCUGGGAACGUGCCGUAGUCCCUGUGGUUUCUAGUCAAAGCUAGAAGUGAUUCCAGAUACAAUCAGCAUGCAGACACCUACUAACUCAGGCUCGUGCUUUCUCUUGAAAACCUGCAGUCCUUGAGGUGGGUCCUGAGACCCUGCAGGUCCCAUGUGACCUGGGCCAGCUGUGCGUUCUUGACAUAAGAGGAUUUCUUUUCUAUCUAUGCAGACAAUUUGUGGUUUUCUGUACUGUUCCCUGUUAGUAUCCACUCUUCCUAAGUCAGAUUGGGGACUGAGGAGGGACAACAGGUGUCAGUCCUGUGUCGUACCGUGCCCUCUGCUCUCAGCCCCUGAGUAUUUAUUCACAUCACUUGUGUCUUUUGAUGUGUGAGAAAGCAUUCACAGCUGUUGCACAUUGAUCUUCAUAACUGAACCUGCAGCUGGCUUUAGUCUCGAAUCCAACAUGUCUGUAGUCCCCCUGGUCCUGUACACUGUAAUCAGUCCUCGCUGCACUUGUGGAAACCAGUCAGUGAGCUUUGUCCGUGUGUCCUGUGAUUUCAGUAUGCUUGAUGUGAUGGGCCAUAGUUCAUUAUCGGCUUCAACUGUCCUGUGUCCUAAGGCUUUCUAACAUUCCUUGUCCUGUAAGGAGGUGACAAAGGCAGACUGUAACUUGAAGGACACUUGUGAUUGAUUACCUGUAACAAAUUUUGAUGUUGAAACUAAUAAAAAAGUUGUUGUUUUUUAAGUCA